UCCACUAUAUAUAUACCAGACAUUAAACGUUCUUUCAUCUUGUUUUGGCAACAACAUUAAACAAGAAAAAACAAAACUCAAGGGUCGUAUUAAAGAUUAAAGAGAUAUGGAGCUUCUUCGAAUUUGCAUUUCCUUGACGGUAAUAUGGUGCCUGCUGGAAAUGGGUGCCUCAAAUCCACAAACCGUUCUGCUGAACCAAGGGUGCAGCAUGUUCAACGUCACCAGCUUCUCCGGUUUCUCCAGAAAUCUAAACGCCACGUUAACGGAGCUCCGAGGGCAGUUAGACAAGGGCAUGCAUUUCGCAGUGGCUCAAGAAGCCACGGGUUCUGACCCCGUUUAUGCCAUGGUGCAGUGCAGGAAUUACAUGUCUCGAAACGACUGCAUCUCUUGCUUCAGUACUGCUUCCUCACAAAUCCGCAACUGCUCCGCCGCUAAUGGUGCUCGUGUCAUCUUCGACGGUUGCUUCCUCAGGUACGAGAGCAACAUGUUCUACCAAGAAAGCACGCAAGUUGGAAACCUCGGAAUUUGCGGUGGCAGCACAGCAUCACAACAGAAUGUUUUCGGAACGACGGUGGAAAGGCUAUUAGGGGAUCUCGUAAAGGCGACGCCAAAGAUCGAUUCGUUCUUUGCUGCCAGCAGGGAGGAAGUGGGUGGUGUAAAUGGCAAUGUAACAGCGUAUGGCGUGGCGCAAUGCAUGGAAACCAUCGACGAGAAAGGGUGCAUGGAAUGCUUGAAAGUGGCUUUAGCCAAUAUUCAAAGAUGCCCACCUGACUCAGAUGGUCGGGCAGUUGACACUGGAUGUUUCCUAAGAUACUCAGACUCCCCCUUCUUUGGUGCUAACUACACCAUUGACCUGAAACCCUUCUUGAAAACCAGAAAUACAACUAAAAGGGAUGCUCUGAUUGGAGGACUGGUUGGAGGUGGAGGUCUUCUGUUGCUUAUAACUUUAUUAUUGUUUUGGGUUAGAAAAUCAAGAAACAAUAUGGCAGUUCCUCAAGAAAAAAAAAACAUUGCAGAGGAUGUAGAGGCGCCACCUGAGUUACAAGGUCCGUUGACUUACACUUACAAAGAAUUGAAUUUUGCAACGACAAAUUUUAGUCAACAAAAUAAAUUAGGUGAAGGUGGUUUUGGUGAAGUAUACAAGGGUAUAUUGAAGAAUGGAAGGGUGGUAGCAGUGAAGAAACUAGCCAUAAGCAAAUCAGAAAAGGUAAAAGCAGAAUUCGAUACAGAAGUGAAGCUUAUAAGCAAUGUUCAUCAUCGGAAUCUGGUUCGCCUUGUUGGCUGCUGUAGUAAAGGCCCUGAGCUUCUCCUUGUCUAUGAGUUCAUGCCUAAUGGCAGCCUUGAUAAGCACUUAUUUGGUGAAGGGCAUGGAUCUCUGAACUGGAAACAGAGAUUUGACAUAAUAGUAGGCACAGCAAAGGGACUAGCCUAUUUACACGAGGAGUUUCAUGCAUGUAUCAUCCAUAGGGACAUCAAACCUAGCAAUAUACUUUUGGACAGAGAUUUGCAGCCUAAGAUAGCAGAUUUUGGAUUGGUCAGGCUCUUACCUGAGGAUCAGACUCAUCUUAGCACCAAAUUUGCUGGCACUUUUGGAUAUACAGCACCAGAAUAUGCAAUCCAUGGGCAAUUGUCAGUGAAAGUUGAUACAUAUAGCUUUGGGGUGGUUGUCCUUGAAAUCAUCAGUGGCCUAAAGAACAACGAAACCUCUCUUGAUCCUACCGCUGAGUUCCUUCUAAAACGGGCAUGGGGACUGUACCAAGAUAAUAUGGCAAUGGAAAUAGUAGACAGAAGCUUAGAUCCGGAAGAAUAUGAUAUAGACGAAAUGCAAAGAAUGAUCGAAAUAGCAUUCUUAUGCACUCAAUCAUCAGCUUCUUUGAGGCCUACAAUGUCAGAGGUGGUUACUAUGCUUAGAACAGUGAGCUCCUUAGAGCCAAGACAGCCCACUCGACCUGCCUUCAUUGAAUCUGACAGAAGGGUUGAAAUUAUUCCCCAAGAUAACAGAUCCACUUCCACUUCUUCGUCUAAUGCUACCAAUUCUAUCUCCCAGGUCUCUGGUCGUUGAUUUUCUCAAUUUUCUAUGUCCUUAUUAUCUGUAUCACUCAAACCAUAAUUUCUUUUCUCAUUUUCAUUGCUUUUUUUUUUCUUUUUACUUCUCAUGUUCGUUGAAUUUGUUAAAGUGGUAAUUAAAUGUUGAAUUAUCUGUGCUUUUAUCUUUAAA